UGAUUGCGGUCGUCGCGCCGGUCGGCAGCGGCAGCGAGCAGUCGCAUCGAGCCGCCGCUGCCACCGCACGCGUACCAAGCGGCCACUCCACGUCCGAUACAUUACCAAACAUCGCGAACUUUACGCGCUAUCCCAACAAUACUAUUGUUCUCAUCUGUUUGUAAAUAAACAAUUCACGGUAUCAAAACGGUCAAUACACAAACCAGUUUCAUUACUUAUACUAAAACAAAAGAAUGUUGGUCAAGGAACGCGCUUUUAUUAAGUGGAAAAUGUCGAUAAGAUAAGUUUUAGCGGUAUAAUAAAUAUUAUCGCCGCUUUAUCGAGUGCAGUGAGAAGAACGCGACGCAGUGCAAAAAUUACGACCUUCCUUUCUAUUCAGCAGUGCAAUCCUUCAAAUCGUGCGUAUUGUUGGCGCAGAUGAGGCGUGUCGCGAAUUGUGCGAGGUUUUUUCAUUUCCAAUUGUGAGUGCAAUCAUGGGGCAACGUUCUGAAGUGGCCACGCCUGACAACAGUGAUGAAGAGAGCGGAGACGCGUUCACCGACGGUGAUUUCGGUGAUUCCGACGAAGAAGUCGUCGAGCAUAAUGAUUCUAAAUCCCACAUACCCGUCAAUGAGACUGUUAACGAAGACGGGAAGACCGUAAAUGGUAAUAAUGAUUUAGAUGAUCCUGGGCCGGACAAACCUAAAAUGAAUGGUCGUAGGAUUAGCGAGAACCAAACUGAUGAUGACAAGGAAAUAGCGGAAGUGAGACGGGAUUCGCACAGCGAACAGAUUCCUUCUAUAGUUGGGAUACUUGGAAACCAGCAAAACCAUGCGGAACAGCGCUUGGCGGCGCGUCGAGCAGCGCGGGCGGAGGCGCGUGAGAUACGCAUGCGCGAGCUGGAGAGGCAGCAGCGCGAGCAGGAAGACCAUGCAGACAAGGCCUAUGAUAUGUAUGCAGAGACGGUGGGUCGUCGCGCGGGCGGGCGGCUCGCGGCGCUCAGCCCCGGCGGCGUGCACUCGCCGCGCCGCAGCUCCGAGGACUCGGUGGAUGACGGGUUCAGCGUCAAGGACCUGAGGCACGAGCUCAAAGAGGUGGAGGAGAAGUUCCGCAAAGCGAUGAUCCUGAACGCACAGCUGGAUAACGACAAGGCGGCACUCGGCUAUCAGCUGGAGUUGCUCAAGGACAGGAUAGAGGAGCUCCACGAGGAGUACGCACAACUGCAGCGCGAGCACCGCGAGAAGUGCUCGGUGCACGAGCGGCUGAAGCGCGAGCACGUGUCGCUGGAGCGCGAGGUGGAGGCGGCGCGCGGCGCGGUGCGGGCGCGCGACGCGGCGGCGCACGCGGCGGGCUUCGCGUUCGUGGACGGCAGGGCGGACGGCGCCGCGCCCGCCGACGACGCCGCGCCGCCGCUCGCGCUCGUGUCGCACCGCGCCGAGCAGCUGCUCAACGACGCCGGCGAGGGCACGCUCGACGUGCGAUUGCAAAAGCUGGUGAGCUCGAAGCAGGCGCUGGAGUCGGAGGUGCGCAAGCUGAAGCUGACGCUGAACGAGGAGCGCGCCGCGCGGCACAACGGCGUCUCCAACCACCACGACCACGAGUACGAGAGCGAGCUGGAGGCGCUGCGCAAGUCGGUGUCGGAGGCGAAGGCCCGCGCGGCGCGCGCCGAGGCGGAGGCCGCGCUGCAGGGCGCCGCCACCGCGCGCCUCGAGGCGCAGCUGCAGCGCCUGCGCGCGCGCCAGGACCACCAGGACGAGCACGAGGAGCUGCUCAAGCAGGAGCGCCGCCGGCUGCAGCGAGAGGCAAGAGAGGCCCUCAACCGAGUCGAGGAGUUGGAGACUGAGAACAGCCACCUGACGAAGCGGCUCGACAAGCUGAAGAACGCCAAGUCCGCGCUGCUCAAGGACCUGUGACCGAAUCCCUAGGGAGCGCUGAGCAUGUAUCCAGACAAGCGAGGAGUUGACACUUGUGGCUGUUGGUUUGAGAUGUUGAGCAUUUAAGGUUUAAAAAAAAAAGGAUUAAUUUUUUUAUUACAUAUCAGAAUGCAUUUUAAAAUGUAUGACUGAUAUUCUUGUGUUGCCAGUUAUGAAUUAACAUUAUUUUCUAAUGCAUUUUAUAAUAAUUUACUAUCCGUAAAAAAUAUUGAAAAUAAAAUAAGUUGAAUGUAUUUGAAAGGUCUCAAAUCAACGCCAACAAGUGUUAUUGUUAUGAAACACGAAAAGUACUGAAAUUAUUGAGUAUUGUCUACGAAUGAUUUUUGUAUUAAAUUUAUAAUAAAAAAUGUAAUCUACUGUAUUACUUGUAGACUAUGCGUCUGCGGAGACGAAGCGGAGACAUGGGGGAGCAUCCUCGCGCAUUGUAUUAAUAAAAUUCUUUAUCCUGUUCAAAUAAAAUCAUACGUAAAUGGUAAUACGUGAAUAUAAUGGUCUACUAUUAUGUAAAGAUUAGUAUUGUGCGGACAUGCUGGAGCAUCCCUCCGCUCGGUCCGGGUAAACGCUUGCGGAAUGUAAUCGCAUAAUUGGUAGUGUGUUUGUGUAAAGAUGCUUGUAAAACCACUGUUAUGUCGAUGUGUUGACGUCUCUGAGAGGUCGGAUUCGUUUAUAUAUUUUGUUGGAUGUUUUAUAAAGAUAUGUGAGAGCGAACUUUUAUGAUCGAUUCUGGUGAAAAUGAUGAACUUUGGCGCGUUUUUUUUUAAUAAUUUUCUUUGAAGAGCAUUUUAUUUCCCAUAACCCUUUCAUCGACGUUAAAGGGUGAUUAAAUCAUCAAAUGUGUAAAUAAUAAAGCAUGUUCUGAAUAGUUGAAAUUACAUUAAUUCUCGCACUAACUUGUGCGGGAAGUUUUAUUAUUUUGGCGCGCUUCGACGGCCAUUUUGUAAUAUAGUUUUAAUGUAGCAGUCAUAGAUGUAUGCUUUGUAACAUGGAGUAGAGUAUGGAUUCAAUGUUUUUCGCAAAAUAAUUUGCGUAGCGCGUGAAUACAAGCCUGGUCAAAAUAAAUACGAUUGAUUUCAAAUGCCGCUAUAUUGUAUGAAGAUUUUCAAUUUGGUCACUACAGCACUGUGCGAUAAUUGUUUCGCUCUUAGACCCAUACACAGGAGGAAAAAUAUAAGAGCAUCUGGAACGUUUCUUGACUCCAGUAGAUGGCGGUGUUGCAAACUAUCUGUAAAUUGUUAACUACCUUCGUUAUUGGAAUAUCGAUAUUUAUCCGGGCCGGCUUGUAACCCCGCGCUUCGUUAAAGCAACUCGUCGUUGCUUCACGGAAUAAUUUAUCGUAAGUAUGUAAAUCGCUUAACAAUGAUUUUUUCUUGUAUAAACUGUGUAUAAUUAUUUUUGUUUAAAUUCUAUCGAUUAAUUAAUAAAUAAAUAUUAUUUAUUUGUAUUAUGUUCGUAAUUUUCUGUAUAGUUUAGCUUGCCGUUUCGCUUCGUUACUAAUCAUUCGGGUGUGAUGAUUACUUGCCAUUGGUAUCACAAAUUUAGUUAGGCACACUACGCGGGAUUGCACUUGGCCGGUCUGAAAUUGGUCACGAAUAGCAUUACUAUUAUAAGUCAUAUAAGGACGAAAUUAAUAAUGAUAUUGAUCAAUAUCUCCAGAUCGAUUGCGGAACCACCAAUCGUAAACUUUGUUUGUUAUAUUUUUGGUAUUAUACUUAACUUCAUGCCGGCCAAGUUAAAUUGCGCGUAUCGUAUUGGAACUCGCGAAAUCUAUAAUAUUAAAUGAUUGCUCAAAAAAUGUGUAUAACCCACGUGUAUGUGAUAGUAUAUCGCUAAUGAUCGUCCAGUAGGGUAAGGACACGGUUUUUUGUGGGAUCUUGUAUUUUUUCUAGUUCGUGUUUUUUUUUUCAUUCGAUAGUUACCAUGCCUGAUUUUAUUGUAAGCGCACGAUUAAUACAAAUAAAUUUUUAACCAUGAAUUCCGACAUCAGUAAACUUGACUAGAAAUUCAAAAUAAUUUAAUAGAUCUUGCGGACGUCUGUAGGUAACUAGAACGCCAUGUAUUUAGCUUAUGUAUAAAAGACAAUUUUACAAGGUUUCAAAGUUAGUUAUGAUGGUAAAGGUACUUAAGAUGGAAUGGGGCGAUGUAAAAAGGUAUAGCGUUAAAAAAUUAGGAAAAAAUUAUUAAAGUGCUAUUAUGAAAACGACUCAUUGGGUUCAGAGGCGUACUCAAAAAUAAAUACGGGUGGGUACCCCACGCUUGAAAAACGUCAUGUUAAUAUCAAUUACAAGAAAUAUAAGCUCAUAUCCAUGACUAUCUUUAUAAAUAUAUUGCCUUGUGUACUGAGUACGCUUCUAACAAUAGUAUGAUAGUAAUAGGAAUGUUUUCCGGUAGAGACAUGACUGUACCUAACUUUGAAAUCGUACCGUGUUAGUCAAAUCCGCAGUGCCAUGGCGCACCAAAUUAGCAUACAAUACGUUAUGUGUAGUCGCGGUGAGGGCUGCGAUGUGUGUAAAUGUGUAUUAUAUAGAAUGCUAAUGAUGUCUAUUCGGAUAUUUACUUUCAAAGAGGCGGCUUGAGAACAUUCUAGUUUUGGUGCAGUUGGGUUUAAAAGAGAAAAGUUUGUGAUGAUAUUUAAAAUACGACAAGCUCAAAUGAUCUACUGCUCUAUUUGUCUAGUAAAAUGAAUAUAAAAUAACUACGGUUUAUUACCCCCUUACUUGUUCCUAAAGCCGUCUCUGUCAGUUAGUAUACUUCAUUAAAGUUAGAGAAUUCAAGAGUUUAUCCGUAACCUAAUCCUAAAUGUUGAUCUUCCGCAUUUAUUUGCCUUUAACAGAUACUAUAACCUCUAGACGUACAGUUAUAGACAAUUUUAAACAUAGACAAAUGUUCGUAGCUAGGUAAUGUUAACUGCAAUGGUUAGGAAUGCUUCCUGUGACGUAGGCGGCGCGCAUACUCGCUGAAUACUUGAAGCUAUUUUCUAUUGUCGCGUCACUAUCAAUCGAAUUAAAAUGUUUGGUACACGAUUCCGCAAAA